CCUCCUGCGCGCAUCUCCGCUCCACGCUGCGUAACGAGCACCUCAGAGAGGAGCGGAUGGAUGGAUGCAUGGAUGUGGAUAGAUGUUCCCGUUUAACUGAACGCGCCAAAUCAAGACGACUUUAAGUGACUUAUUUGAUUACUUCCAGCGAUUUCCAACGACCCUCGGAUUAUAUCUGAUCUUUGGCAAGCCAAGGAAGGAUAUUUUUUUUGUUUUGUUUUGAUUUUUUUUAAGCGAGAGAGAAGAGAGGAAAGAAGGAAAGGGAAGCUGAGAAAGGCUGGGUGCGCUAGAAAGACGGAAAGUCACGGAUCAUGCUUAUGGGAACUUCCGAUUCCGUCUCAAUAAGAGUGGCUCUGCCUGAUGCUCUAUCAUGACUGAUGGCGAAGGGAGAGCGCGCUUUCAGUACGCAGAGUGCCAGGAGCUGGAGGAGGUGCGGGAGGAGGUAAGGCUUGCUGUACCGACAUCCUACAGGAAUGACGGCCAAGGUCAUGAAGAUGACCCAGGAAGAAGACGCCCGGAUGAUGAGGAGGAAGAGGAGGAGGUGGAGAGGACGAGAAGGAGCAGCAGGAGGAGGAGGAGGAGGAGCAGCAGCAGUAGCAUUCAAGGAGAUGGAGAAAAUGAGUGGAGUCCUGAAGUUCAGGGGGAUGAAGAACAGGAACCGGAGCUGGAAGUGGAAGAUGGACCAACACUGGGAGUUCGCAUCACGGCUCCCAUCCGUGAUCCAGACUGCGUCUCCGAGGAGGAGGAACAGCAGCCGUAUCCGGCCCUGGCCCCCGUAGCCUUCUUCUGCUUAAAGCAAACAACGAGGCCUCGCAACUGGUGUCUCCGCAUGGUCUGCAAUCCAUAUCCUUUAACAUGCUGGAAAUCUGACCCUGGUAAUCGGGCUGUGUGCCUGGGUGCUUACUUGCCCAUUCCUGGGCCCCCUGGCUCUGUUGGGCCCCUGCUGGGAAGUUGGGUGGGGUUCAAGGUUUUCCCUGCAGUGGUCCUCCUGGGGCUCUCACACCCUGGGGAGCCUCUAGAUGUCUGGGGCCUGGAUCUCCUUCAUGCCGUCUUCAGGUCCUAA